CCCACAGCUUAGACCCGCCCACACGCCAGACCUGCAGCAGAGAGAAGAUUCUCUGUCUCCUACCGAAAGGGAUUGAUUUCCUAAACAAACACGUUUUCUUCACAUGGUGCCACCGCGUCACCGUUAUCAGAUGAGAAAGCGGAAGCCACUCUAUAUCAGCGGCUGUGUUUAUUAGUUAUUACUGCUCAUAAGAGCGCCUGCUCCGUCAGGUCUGAUCAUGUCUGAUUUCGAGGAGUUCGAGAAACAGCUGAACGAGAAUCGACAAGAGAGAGAACGGGAGAGGCAUAAAAGGAGGAGUCAUAGUAGCUCUGCUGGCCACAGUAAGAAGCAGCGCAGCUGGAGCAAAGACAGAAGCAGUCGCAGCAGAGGAAAGUGCAGCCGCAGUCGAGAGCGUAAGAGCCGUGACCACAGGAGCAGCUCUAGAGAUCAUAAGAAACACAGCUAUUCUCCACGUCGAACAAGGAAGAAAAAGAUGUGCAAGUAUUGGGAUGUUCCCCCUCCAGGCUUUGAGCACAUCACUCCAAUGCAGUACAAAGCCAUGCAAGCUGCUGGGCAGAUCCCCAGCAUUGCUCUGUUGGCUGCGUCCACUAAUGUUGGUUUGGCAGUCGCUCCCACACAAGUGCCCAUCGUUGGCAGUCAGAUGACCAGGCAAGCGCGUCGUCUGUAUGUUGGCAACAUCCCGUUCGGCGUCACUGAGGAGUCCAUGGCUGAAUUCUUCAAUACCCAAAUGAGACUUGCAGGGCUGUCUCAAGCUCCAAGCAGUCCUGUGCUCGCAGUGCAGAUCAACCAGGACAAGAACUUUGCUUUCUUAGAGUUUCGAUCAGUGGAUGAAACCACUCAGGCCAUGGCAUUUGACGGCAUUAUCUUUCAAGGACAGUCGCUGAAGAUCAGACGUCCACAUGACUACCGCCCUCUGCCCGGCAUUUCUGAGCAGCCUGCUUUUCAUGUCCCAGGUGUCGUGUCCACAGUUGUACCAGACUCCCCUCAUAAACUCUUCAUUGGAGGUCUGCCAAAUUAUCUCAGUGAUGAUCAGGUUAAAGAGCUCCUGACGUCAUUUGGCCCUCUCAAAGCCUUCAACCUUGUGAAAGACAGUGCCACAUCACUGUCCAAAGGCUAUGCUUUCUGUGAAUAUGUGGAUAUCAGCGUCACUGACCAAGCGGUAGCUGGAUUACAUGGCAUGCAGCUGGGUGAUAAAAAGCUCAUUGUCCAACGGGCAAGUGUGGGAGCCAAGAACACCAAUCCUACCGCUGUUGUAGAGACGCCCGUCAUGCUUCAGGUGCCAGGGCUGCAGAGGGUGCAGAACUCAGGCCUGCCGACGGAGGUGCUGUGUCUGCUGAACAUGGUCAUGCCGGAGGAGCUGCUGGACGAUGAGGACUACGAGGAGAUCCUGGAGGACAUCCGGGAGGAGUGCUGCAAGUACGGCACCGUGCGCUCCAUCGAGAUCCCCAGGCCUGUGGAUGGUGUGGAGGUGCCAGGCUGCGGGAAGAUAUUCGUAGAGUACGUGUCUGCUGCAGAAUGCCAGAAGGCCAUGCAGGCACUGACAGGACGCAAGUUUGCUAACCGUGUGGUGGUCACGAAAUACUACGAUCCAGACAUGUAUCACAGGCAUGAGUUCUGAGGGAAGAUACUCUUCAUCUAAAGAGAAACAGAGAGAGCUGCCUGUGCCAUCGGAGUGUGAAGUUUCAAUAAGCUCUAUGAAAAUGUACACAUUGUCCUCUACUUCCACUUAUCAAUUUAUUUUCCAUAUUGAAAUACAAAGGAUUAGAUGUUACUAGCCACGUAGGAGAUAUUUUUAGAGAUCUAGUACAAUGAAACAGUGUCAAAUGAUUUCUUCCAUGUUAAGGGGUACAUGCAGUGAUUUACACUAAUGAUGUGACCUGAAGUUGGUCUUUUUUAAAAUAAGACUUGGUAAUUUCCAGAAGCAAGCAGGUAAUGUGAUGUGAUGUGAUGCAGGCAUGUUCCUCUGUAUCCAUGUGAACCUCCUGCAGUUCGUUCACAAACCCUUUUUGAGAAACCCUUGCAUACUGUAAUGUAUAAUACACUUCAUUGAAUAGAUUUUCUUUUGAGUUAGGACAAUGUAAUAUAAAUGUAAUCAAAAAGUCAUCCGAAUAAUUUACCUUAUAUUUGCAAAUCCAAUAGAUUUCAAACUACUCUUUCUGUCAUGUAAUUUGUAUACCAUUAUAGGUCCCACUUUAUAUUAUGUCCCUAAUACCGGUGUACUUGCUUAGUAACUAUAUGUGUCCAUAAAAGUAGCAUAUAACCACAGUGUAAGUACACAGUGGUACAUAGUAUAUUCAGCUGUAAUGCUUCAGUGUAACUACACAUAUGUAACAACCCACUGAAUGGUAUGUGUAAGUACAAAUGUGUAAAAGGAAAUUGGUAACAGCCCUUUUAAAUAAUGAAAUUACAAAUAUGUAACCAGACUAACAGCAAUUUUUGUUAAAGAAUGUGUUACACUUAAUAUUAGAUUUAUAAUGUAAUUAAUCCGAUGUUACACAGCAGCGGCCAGUAAGUUAGGCUUUGUAUAUAAAUUGUGGUUGGUGUCCAGAAUGUUACACUUUAUAUUAAGUGAACAGUUCCUGGGGAGUUAUCAUGUAAGUACACUGGUAUUACAGUGGUGCGCCAACUCCAACUCGAGAUCCAACUCCUUCUACUUUAUGUUACCCUUAACCUAUACAUCUCCACCCCCAGGAUCCCAUUUCCACCCCUAAACCUACCCAUCUCCACCCCCCCCCCCCCCCGUAUCCUAUUUCCACCAUAACCCUACCUAUCUCCAACACCUGGAUCCAGUUUUUCAACCCUGAACCUACCCAUUUCCACCCCCUGGAUCCCAUUUCCAACCUAAACCUACGCAUCUCCACACUCUGGAUCCCAUUUCCAGCCUAAACCUACCCAUCUCCACCCCCUGGAUCCCAUUUCCAACCUAACCCUACCCAUCUCCACCCCCCAAAUCCCAUUUCCACCCUAAACCUACCAAUCUCAACCCCCCAGGACACCCUUUCAACCCUAACCCUACCAAUCUCCACCCCCCAGAUUCCAUUUCCAACCUAAACCUCUGCAUCUCCACAUUCUGGAUCCCAUUUACAGCCUAAACCUACCCAUCUCCACCCCCUGGAUCCCAUUUCCACCCUAACCCUACCAAUCUCCACCCCCCAAAUCCCAUUUCCAACCUAAACCUACCCAUCUCCACCCCUCGGGACACCCUUUCAACCCUAACCCUACCCAUCACCUACCCCCGGAUCCCAUUUCCACCUUAACCCUAACCAACUCCACCCACCAGAUCCAAUUUCCACCCAAAUCCUACCCAUCUCCACCCACCAGAUACCAUUUCCACCCUAACCCUACCCAUCUCCACCUCCUGGAUCCCAAUUCCACCCUAACCCUACCCAUCUCCACCCCCCAAAUCCCAUUUCCACCCCUAAACCUACCCAUCACAACCCCCCGGGAAACCCUUUCAACCCUAACCCUACCCAUCUCCACCCCCCGGAUCCCAUUUCCAACCUAAAUCUAAACCUAUGCAUCUCCACCCCCUGGAUCCCAUUUCCAACCUAAACCUAUGCAUCUCCACAUCCUGGAUCCCAUUUCCACCCUAACCCUACCCAUCACCUACCCCCGGAUCCCAUUUCCACCUUAACCCUAACCAACUCCACCCACCAGAUCCAAUUUCCACCCAAAUCCUACCCAUCUCCACCCACCAGAUACCAUUUCCACCCUAACCCUACCCAUCUCCACCUCCUGGAUCCCAAUUCCACCCUAACCCUAUCCAUCUCCACCCCCCAAAUCCCAUUUCCACCCCUAAACCUACCCAUCACAACCCCCCGGGAAACCCUUUCAACCCUAACCCUACCCAUCUCCACCCCCCGGAUCCCAUUUCCAACCUAAAUCUAAACCUAUGCAUCUCCACCCCCUGGAUCCCAUUUCCAACCUAAACCUAUGCAUCUCCACAUCCUGGAUCCCAUUUCCACCCUAACCCUACCCAUCUCCACCCCCUGGAUCCCAUUUCCACCAUAACCCUACCCAACUCCACCCACCAGAUCCAAUUUCCACCCAAAUCCUACCCAUCUCCACCCACCAGAUACCAUUUCCACCCGAACCCUACCCAUCUCCACCCCCUGGAUCCCAUUUCCACCCUAACCCUACCCAUCUCCACCCCCCAAAUCCCAUUUCCAACCUAAACCUAUGCAUCUCCACCCCCUGGAUCCCAUUUCCACCAUAACCCUACCCAUCUCCACCCCCUGGAUCCCAUUUUUACCCUAAACUUAAACAUCUCCAGCCCCAGGUUCGAAUGGUUCCAGUUAUUCUUAUACAUAUUGUUGUUACAAAAAUGUACUUAUAUAAUUUUUGUUACACGAGUACUUAGUGAAGUGAAAAAAAGUGUUGUUACCAAUUUCCUGUUACACAGGUAUUAGGGACACUAAAUAUAAAGUGGGACCCAGAAAUAUUACUUGACACCUGAAAACACCUUGUCAUGUUGUUCUUAGUUAGAGCAAAAAAAUGUCAGAAAUUAAUGCUCAGAUUAGAUAUUGUUUUGUGUCCUUAUAAAAAUCUGUGUAACCAGUGUUCGAAAUUUACGAUGAUAUUGAAGUGAACAACAUUGAAAAUAUCAUUCACAGAGACUUCUAUUUAACUCUGACACAUUACAUGCUUUUGAAAAUAGACAGUGACUGAGAUUCAUUAUGACGAAGCUUCUGCUUCAUACCAGUGACAGCCUAUUCAUGUUUUUAUGAGGAUCAUUCUCACCAAAUAUGUCGCGUUGUAUUUCAUAAAGUAAAUAAAUUGUUUUUGCAUUGCAGUUUUUAUUACUGAAUGUGUUUUUUUUCUUUGCAGUUCUCAUUAUUCUCAGUGGUGAUUCUCAGAGUCCCACUACUAUAUUACAGUACUUUUUUUAUAAAUAGAUUAUUGUAUUUCUUUGCACAUUAUGCUGAGAAUGCUGUUUUUUUUUAUUCAAAGGCAAUGAUAAUUGAGGGUGAAAAUGUGCUAU